UGAAGCCCUAAUGCUCCAUGUGAUGGUAUUUGGAGGUGGGGCCUUUGACAGAUAUUGGGUUAGCCAAAAGGUUCGUUUGCUUUUUUCCAUAAGAUGGCUCUAGUAGUGCUUAGUUGUCUUUAAAUUCAUUCGAAACAAUUUUGUUAGAUUGUAUUGUGACAGCUGUGAUAUCAGCGUGCGUUGAAGAAAAGCUUAUCAAAAUUGGUGAAUUUUUGUGUAGCCAUUUUAAUAUUGAAGAUGGAAGAAAAACAACAUUUUCGGCAUAUUAUGCUUUAUUAUUUCAAGAAAGGUAAAAACACAACUGAAACGCAAAAGAAGAUUUGUGCAGUGUAUGGAGAAGGUACUGUGACUGAUUGAACGUGUCAAAAGUGGUUUGCAAAGUUUCGUGUUGGAGAUAUCUUGCUGGACGAUGCUCCACGGUUGGGCAGACUAGUUGAAGUUGAUAGCGAUCAAAUCGAGACACUAAUUAGAACAAUCAACAUUAUACCACGCAUUGAAAAUCAUUUGCACCAGCUUGGUUGUGUUAAUCGCUUUGAUGUUUGGGUUCCACACAGGUUAAGCGAAAAAAGCCUUCUUGGCUGUGUGCGGGCUUUUUCUCUAGUUGUGGUGAGCGGGGGCCACUCUUCGUUGCAGUGGCUUCUCUUGUGGAGCACGGGCUCUAGGUGCAGGGCUUCAGUAGUUGUGGCUUGCGGGCUCUAGAGCACAGGCUCAGUAGUUGUGGUGCACCGAAAACGUUCCAUUUUUAAAACAAAUUGUGAUGGGUGAUGAAAAGUGGAUACUGUACAGUAAUGUGGAAAGGAAGAGAUCGUGGGGCAAGCGAAAUGAACCACCACCAAGCACCCCAAAGGCUGGUCUUCAUCCAGAGAAGGUGAUGUUGUGUAUAUGGUGGGGUUGGAAGGGAGUCCUCUAUUAUGAGCUCCUUCUGGAAAACCAAACAAUUAAUUCCAACAAGUACUGCUCCCAAUUAGACCAACUGAAAGCAGCACUCCACGAAAAGCUUCUGGAGUUAGUCAACAAAAAACACAUAAUCUUCCAUAAGGAUAACACAAGACCGCAUGUUUCUUUGAUGACCAGGCAAAAACUGUUUCAGCUUGGCUGGGAAGUUCUGAUUCAUCCGCUAUAUUCACCAGACAUUGCACCUUCAGAUUUCCAUUUAUUUCGGUCUUUACAAAAUUCUCAUAAUGGAAAAAAUUUCAAUUACCUGGAAGACUGUAAAAGGCAUCUGGAAUAGUUGUUUGCUCAAAAAGAUAAAAAAUUUUAGGAAGAUGGAAUUAUGAAGUUGCCUGAAAAAUGGCAGAAGGUAGUGGAACAAAAUGGUGAAUACGUUGUUCAAUAAAGUUCUUGGCGAAAAUGAAAAAAUGUGUCUUUUAUUUUUACUUUAAAACAGAAGAAACUUUUUGGCCAACCCAAUAAUUAGGUUGUUAAGGUGGAGCCUUCAUAAAUAGAAGUAGAUGAGAUGUCUGCCUAUAAGAAGAGAUGUCUUGCUGGGCCAUAUGAGGACACAACAAGAAGGAGGCCAUCUGCAAACCAGAGGAGAGCUCUCACUAGACAGCAAAUCUGCUACCACUUUGAUCUUGGACUUCCCAUUAUCCAAAACUGAGAAAUGAAUGUUUGUUGUUUAAGCCACCCAGUUUAUGGUAUUUUGUUAAUAGCGGCCUGAGCAGACUAAGACGCCAGCUAUUUCAAUUUUUUAUCUUCAAGUAUUUUUAAAUCUUUUCUUCCUAUAAAUAUUUCCUGGGUAUCUAGUAUGUGCUAGUUGCUGAGGCAACAAAAAAGACUUUUAGCCUUGUGGUGGAGGGGUGUGUGGUUUGGAUGGUACAGCAAAUAAAUAGGCAAGUAUGAUAGUAUGGUAAGUACCACAGCAGGCAGAACACUGGAUGCAAGGAGUACAGGUGGGGGUCAACACAGCCUGGUGGUUUCUAGGAGGCAACUUCAGAUCUGAGCCACAUUUUUAAGGAUAUACAGGAGGCAGCCAGGCAACUGAAGAGAAUGAUGGUAAUGGUGGAAUGUGUUCCAGGCAAUGGGAGCACCAGAUGUUAUUGUAUUUUAAAAUGCAAUUCACUGGGUCCCCAUGCCUCAACAGUGCCAUGCAGGCAAUUAACAUGUUGUUUUUCACUGCAGGGUUCCUCCCAUACUAUGGAAGUUGCAGUCAUUCUGCAGAUGUAUUCAACUCAGAUAUGCACAAGAAUUAAUAUCCUGAGGGACAACCCUCAACCAAAGGAAGAGAGGAGCACAAAUGGUCAGAGAGGAGGUGACCCCUAAAACCUUCUCAGUGGAGACAGCAGCCCUCCUGACAUAACAGGAGAAACAAUUCCAAGAACUCAGACCAGCCUUUGGCUGGCAGGUCCUACCCCUGGUGUGUACAAGACUUUGCUAACAAGCAAUCCAGACAGUUACCAACAUCGAGUAGCUGAGAUGGCACUGCUGGAAGGCACUACUUUUGCUCUUGUGAUUUGUGUCACUUGCCUGGUUUUCCUUUUUGUGUGGAAGAAAAGUCACAAAGGGGGAAGGCUUCCCCCUGGCCCAACUCCCCUUCCCAUCAUUGGGAAUCUGAUGCAACUAAACCUCAAGGACGUCCCUGCAUCUCUCUCCAAGCUGGCCAAAGAGUAUGGCCCCAUUUACACUCUGUACCUUGGAUCCCAGAUUACUGUGAUCUUACAUGGAUAUGAGGCGGUGAAGGAAGCUCUAAUUGAUCAAGGUGAUGAAUUCCUUUGCAGAGGACGUAUUCCAAUUAUUGACGAUACCCUGAGAGGAUAUGCUCAGCCCUUGGACCCUGUCUUCACCCUCUCCUGUGCUUCCUGCAACGUGAUCUGCUCCAUCCUCUUCAACGAGCGUUUCCACUACGACAAUAAGAUGUUACUCUCCCUGUUGAGUUUGUUAAAUAAAAAUUUUAAUCGAAUAAACUCUCCCUGGAACCAGAUUUACAAUCUAUGGCCCAAACUCAUAAAGCAUCUCCCUGGAGAGCACAAAGCAUUCUCAAAAAGGCUUAAUGAUAUUAAAUAUUUUAUUCUGGAAAAAGUGAAGGAGCAUCAAAAGUCCCUGGAUCAUAAUAACCCUCGAGACUACAUUGACUGUUUCCUCAGCAAGAUGGAGCAGGAGAAACAGAACCCAGAGUCUGAAUUUCACUUGGAGAACUUGACAACCUGUGGAUCAAAUCUGUUUUCAGCGGGAAUAGAGACAACCAGUAUCACUCUGAGCUAUGGGCUCCUGCUCCUAAUGAAAUACCCUAAGGUUCAAGCCAAAGUUCAUGAAGAAAUUGACCGUGUAAUUGGAUGCAACCAAAGCCCCUGCAUGAAGGACAAGAUAAAGCUGCCCUAUACAGAGGCCGUGCUUCAUGAGAUACAAAGAUACCUCACCCUCCUACCUUCUAACAUGCCCCGUACUGUGGUCCAGGACACGAAAUUCAGACAGUACUUCAUCCCUAAGGGCGCUACCAUAUUGCCAUUACUGUCUUCGGUCCUGUACGAUUGCAAGGAAUUUCCCAACCCAGAGAAGUUUGACCCAGGUCACUUUUUGGAUAAAAAUGGCAGCGUCAGGAAAACAGAAUAUUUCGUGCCUUUUUCCAUGGGGAAACGGGCAUGUGUUGGAGAGGGCCUGGCCCGCGUGGAGUUGUUCCUGUUUUUCACCACCAUUCUGCAAAACUUUGUCCUGAAGCCCCUGGGGGAGCCAAAGGACAUAGAGACCAAACCCAUUGUUACCGGGUUUAUCAACAUCCCACAACCCUACAAGCUGUGCUUUAUCCCUAGACAAAAGAAGAACUUUUCUCUUUUAACAAUUUAAAUCAAAGUAAUUGCUUUUUCCUCUCAUUCUUUCUCCCACCCCAUAGUCUCUUUUCAUUUUAAGUACUGCCUAGGACAGAAACACUACUCACUAAAAGCUUGAUGGACAUUUGUUUAAACCUACAAAUCCCUUGCCAAAAAGGAUCUGGGUCCUGAAAACUCCAAGGGUAAAACAGUAUACUUAUAUCCUAUAGAGUACUUUAUAAACCAUGAUCCAGCCAAACCAGGCCCAGGCCCACAGAAGGCCUUUACUGAGACAAUUGGCAAAUAGUGGAGCGUUCACUCUUUCUGUGGCUUUGGAGAUAUGCUGAUUUUCUAUAGUUUUUCAAAAUAGAGAAAUUAAUAUAAUGGCCUAUGUGUAUUUUUUCCUAUUUCCAAUGGAAAGCACUUACAUGAUUUCUGCCACAUUCACAAAAUAAAUCCUUUUUUUCCACAA